AUGGAAAAGCGCGGAAACCCAGCUCAGGGCGAAUGGGUUGAUUCCGACGACUAUCCCAACGGAUACGCCGAGUUUAUGCCUGCUCAGCUCCGAGAGGCAAGAAGUCGGCCGGGAGGUGAAGGCUUCGCACCGAAGCUCCUCAAGCAAGGCCCGGGUCCUGCUCGAGGGCCCUAUCCCAUCUUCAACGAUACCGACGAAGGUGAAGAAGCAGCGCGGGAGUAUUAUUACUCGGAGCUGCCUGUAUCGACCGAAUUUCUUAUUUUUGAGGACGAGGUACAAUCGCUGGCCAUUGACCGGAUGAUCGGCUGCGACGCGAUCAUACUGGUCUCACGCCUGGGCGCCUUCGUUUGCCAUUUCUAUCAAGGAUCCUGGGACAGCGAUAGACACAUGGACGACCUUAUGAGAUUCUGUUACUACGGGCGCCCGGAAAACGACCCAAUGCGUGAAUGGGCUCAGUACGGCAUUGACAAUGUCAGAGACCAUCCUGAGGAGGGCAAGCGAGGCAUCAUACUCGGGGACCAGGACUCCGACGCAGAGGAAGACGAUUUCGAGGAUAUUGUCGCCUUCAUCAUAACGCCCAGAGUGCGGCCGAACAUUUGGAUAAUCGACCGUGACGGGCCCAGAGUCAUACCAGAUGAACAGAUUCUGGCCCCUGACGUUAUGGCAGGCCGUCUUAGAUAUGCGCCAGACAGAGUCAACAGAGUCAAACUGAUCUUGACGGGAAUCUUCCUCGACAUUCCUAUCAAGACGAUCGAUUAUCCUCCUGCAAUGCUACCGUAUGCCGAAUGGAGUAGGCUCGAGGCUCUUGAUGAUACGUUUGCUUUUGCCGAGGGGCUUCAGGAUAGCAUUGUCGAUACGCCCCGCGGUAAGAUUCUUCUCCAGUAUCAGCCAGCGGCAUCCUGUGAUCAAGAGGCUGAGAACUUCGUCGGCCGCGCGGAAAUCAUCAUCGGCCACUUCGAAGUCCGCCGCAGUUACCUCAAAGCCGACCUCGUUGACAAGGACCCUCAGCACCUCCGCUCCAUCCAUCGCUCCAUCGGCUACAAAGACCACGUCAGCAACCAGCAGCGACCCGCUGACACAUCACUGUUGAUGACCUCCGUCUCCACCGCGCGAACUGUGGACCGGCUGCCUGCUACCCAGGCUCCAAUAAAGCCAGAGCCGUUCAGCGUGCGAAUUCAUUACAAAGAAUGGACGAGCGGUUGGGGCGGUGCCAUAGGCACCCAGGGCGUGUGGGAGAUGUUCGUUGCUGGGGUGAGAGCCGAAGUCGACCUCUGUGAGACGGAGGACGUAGGCCAUGAGUUCCAGAGCUAUUUCCGUCCGUCCGAAUGGUUUGACGACAAGCGGCCGCCCAGCUUCGAGGCGGAUCAGGCCAUAUUCGGGAGGAAGAACUGCAGGUACAAGGAGGGCGGCAAAUCGGUGCCGGGCAGGUUUUCGUGCGACGGGGUUGACGAGUUUGACUGUCGCUUGAGCGACCGUCCAAAGGUCGAGUGCAAGGAAGCAUUUGAUAUCAAGGUGUUUUAUGGCAUGGUGGAAUGCGUGUUUCCUGUGCAGUAG